AUGGAGGACGAAGCACUAGCCCAGCUGCGACGAGUGCAGCGCGGUCUGCAUCGCGACGAGUCAUUUGGAGACGAUCUGGGGUGGCGAGGGCCGCCGACCAACCUCACCGUCAUGAGCUACAACCUGCGCGCAAGCCACAUCGACAAGGAGGUCAAUACGUGGUGGCACCACAGGCGCGAGGUUCUAGCCGGCACCGUGCUCAAGUACCAGCCCGCCGUCAUCGGCACACAGGAGGGCCUUCGCGACCAACUGCUGGACCUCCUGUCCCUCCUGCCUCCGUCGUGGCGCCUCUUUGGCUGCAGCCGUAGAGGCGAAUCCGAAGACGACGAGCACUCGGCGCUCAUCUACAACACGGACGAAGUAGAAUUCAGGAAAGGCGGCGAUUUCUGGCUCUCGCCGACGCCAGACGUGCCAGGCAGCAGCGCCUGGGGGUCCUGCUUCCCUCGCAUGGCCACAUGGGCGCUAUCAACCGGGCACCUGUUCUACAUAGUGAACACGCACAUGGACCACGUCUCCGAGCAGGCUCGUGUAGAGGGUGCCAAGGUACUGCUCAAGACCAUCGAAAAGCUGCGAAGGAAGAACAGAGCGGUGAUCGUCACUGGCGACUUCAACGCCGCUCCCGGCCAAGGAUCAUAUGAGGUCCUGCGCGAUGGAGGUUUUGAGGACGCGUGGAGCAAGUGUAACGAGAUGGACACCAUCCUGCACCGAACACAUACGACCUUUCACCACUACAUGGGCACCAAGCUCGAGACAUGGUACUGUAGCAUGGCCCUCUACGCAGGCUUUCGCUGGCACGCUGGUCGGUUCCCCCACUUCGGCCGGUACCACGUCGACUGGAUACUGUACAUGAACGACCAACCACGCGAGAACAGCGACGAACGCGAGAUUGCUGAUCGCUGCCGAGCCGAGGGAAAGAGGGAGAAGAAGAGCGACGACCAGGGAGACACUGCCGCCGCCGCGAUCGUCGUCGACUGCGACGUUGAGGGCAAGCGUCGACCCGAAGACGCGGUGGAGCAGCCGCCCGCCACCACCGUCGAGCCGCUGUGCGCCAUGGUAUGUACGGACGCGACCGCCGAGGGCCAGUACCCCUCCGAUCACUACGCCCUCCUCGCCGUCUUCCGUCUCGCGUACCGCCCGGCCAAGGGCCUGCCGGAGGCCUAUGAUGCUGAAGAAGAAGAUGAGGUGGGCGAACGAGAUGAUGAUGAUGGCGACGAAGCUGAAGUGGCCACGAUCGCCGAGUUCCGAUGA